AUGAGCUUUUCAAUGAGACUCCUCCCAGCAUCAAGGCUUUUAUGCUAUUCGUCCACAGGUAUAAGACCACCGUUAUCCACCACUGCCCAUUUCUGUGUUACUUCAACUCUUCUUCGCCACUACUCUGCUAAAAAAAAAGCAAUCACAAAUGCAGAUAUUGCCAAUCUAGUACCUCUUAAUGGACGUGUGGACUAUGUUGAUACCCGUGGAACAUUUCACAAGAAUCAACCAAUCGUUGCUGUAUUGAACUCUUUAAAGGGAUCAGGACAUAAUUCAGGAGGUGGAUUAAAUAUGUUGCUUGCAGUAAGCAUUGUGCCGCGUGGUGAAAUGCAAGACCCACAAGUGGUGUGCCGGAUUGUUCCAGAUAAAGAUAAGGUGAGGGAAGCUGCACGUAUUAAAAAUAAAGAAGAGAAACGGUUAGCUCGAGAAGAAAGAGAAGAACAACAGGAACAACAACAAGAACAAGAACAAGAACAACAGGAAGAAGAGAUGGAAUUAGAAGAGGAUGAGACUAAAGAAUCGAAAAAACAUGGCAAGCGCGAAAAGAAACAGUCAAAGGAACCUCAUAAAGCUAAAGAUCGGUCCAAGAACCAAUCCAAAGUUAAGACAUUAUCUCUUAACUGGACCAUUGGUCCUAAAGAUCUUUUAAAUCAGAAAAAGGCAACAAUUCAAGGAUGGUUAGAAAAGGGUCAUCCUGUACAUAUUUUCCUUGGAAGUGCACGAGUACGUGGUCCUCCUAAAAAAUUAACAGAAUUAGAUUUGGAAAAGAGAGAAUUGUUGCGUAAAACUUGUAAGGAAAUGUGUGAAGAAACAGGUGCCAUUAGACAAAAUGCAGCAAAUGUCGUUAAAACUGAUACCCAAGAAGUAUUUGUAUACUUUUUGCCAACCCGUCAAGAGUCUUCAGAAACAACUCAGUAG